CUACCGAUAACUUUUGGCUCCGUGCGCACGACGUUGGCGAGCAUCCAUCUUUUCUGCAUUCCCAUCACUCCGAGUCUGUCGCUGCAACCAUUCUGACCUUGAGCCAUUUCCGUCGCCGGACCCAAUAGUACAGAUAACGAUUUACGAUGUUUGCCCUCCGCCGCGUUGCCGCGCGUGCUCUACAAUGCCAGCCAACCCGACAGCUUUCCAGUGUCCGAUGCACACCAUUGUCAACACGCAUCGAAGCGAGCAAGCCUUCUCUCAUCCGAUCAUUCCAUCAGUCGCAGCGAUGGCUCGCUGAUGAGGAAGAAAAGAAGGCCGAUGUAAGCGCGGCAGAGCAGAGUGAGAUCAAGGAGACAGAUGAAGACACAAGGAAGUUGGCGCCUGCAGAGGAUGGAGUGCAAGAGGUAUCGCAAGAAGUCAAGAAUGCGACAGCAGCCGCAAAAGACGCCAUCUCAAGCGCUGCUGAGACCGUCACGAGCACCGUCGCCAGCGUAGGACGAGCAACAGGAGAUCAGUUUCCGGGCGAUCGCAGUGUAAAACCAGGCCAAUCUGGAAAGAUUCUCUACGUUGGCAAUCUCUUCUUCGAAGUUCGAGCACAAGAUCUCGAGCGUGAGUUUGCUCAAUAUGGGCAAGUGGUCAACAGCCGCGUUGUCACAGACCAAACUGGCAGGAGCAAGGGCUUUGGUUACAUCGAGUUCUCCACGAGCGAGGAGGCCGAUAAGGCCAUUCGUGAGCUCGAUCAAAAGACUUUCCAGGGUCGCCGGAUGGCAGUGCAGCAUCACGUCCGUCGAGAGUCCAGGAACCCGAGGGAACCAAGGAACGACAGGAACAACAGGAACGACAGGGGCGAUAGGAGCACCGUUCGACAAGAACAUAGGGAGAACCCUCCUAGCAAGACGCUUUUCAUUGGAAACAUGUCCUACCAGAUGAGUGACCGUGAUUUGAAUGAUUUGUUUCGAGAGAUCAAGAACGUUCUCGACGUGCGCGUAGCGAUCGACCGCCGCAGUGGACAGCCUCGCGGCUUUGCCCACGCAGAUUUCAUCGACGUUGCCAGUGCAGAGAAGGCCAAGGCAUACCUGAGCUCAAAGGUCGUCUAUGGCAGAGAAUUGCGCGUAAACUUCUCACUUCCGAGCAGCAAGACAGAGCAGUCGUAGAGAAAGAGGUGCAUCACCACACGUGUAUAAUAAUAGAGCAGGCUGCCCUCGAAGCAUUUGAGCGCUUCACGAAAGGCCGAGGAGAGACACAGAGUCGCACAGUGGCGAAAAGAGGAAUGCCAGUCGGGCUGGGCACAGAAGGUGCCAGUGACGAUGCUGUGAUUCCUGAUCUCCGGCGAUUGGCACGGCGAGAGAAGAGCGGUUCGGGGCGGUCUGCACAUUGGAAGACGAGGUGGCUAUGCUGUUGGCAGCGUAGGUGAGGAUGAAUUGUAGCAUAGCAAAAGCCGACCGGCUGACUGUACAAAUGAACGGCGUGACUCGGCUCUGAAGGUCAAGUCCCCUCCAGCCUCGG